AUGGAAGAGGCCGACCGAAUUCUCAUCCAUUCCCUGCGCCAGGCCGGCACGGCUAUUCCUCCAGAUGUGCAGACCCUUCGAGCCUUCACUACUGAGCUGGUUAUAGAGGCUGUGGUUUGCUGCCUGCGUGUGAUCAACCCUGACGUGGGCUCCGGCCUGAGCCCUCUGCUGCCUGUCGCCAUGUCUGCCCGGUUCCGUCUGGCCAUGAGCUUGGCUCAGGCUUGUAUGGACCUGGGAUAUCCCUUGGAGCUUGGAUAUCAGAGUUUCCUUUACCCCAGUGAGCCUGACCUCCGAGACCUGCUUCUCUUCUUGGCUGAACGUCUGCCUGCUGAUGCUUCUGAAGAUGCAGAUCAGCCUUCAGGUGACUCAGCUGUUCUCCUUCGAGCUAUUGGAAACCAAAUCCGGGACCAGCUAGCUUUACCCUGGAUCCCAUCACUCCUUCGUACUUCAAACCUGGCAUAUAUACAGGGCUCAUCCUUCCAGAAACCUUUCCAUGCCAGUAGGCUGAUCAUGCCCAAGUUGAGUUCUAGAGGUGAGGCACGAGUGUUCCAGGAAAGUCCCCUGCUGCCACCAGCCCCCACUCAGGUACCCAAGCCUGCUGGGAGAGUGGCAUCCUUCCUUGAAUGCCAUGCCCUUCAGCUCUGCCAGCAGACGAUCCAGGACCACGCAGGGGAUGAGGAUUGGCUCCGCCGGGCAUCCCUCCUCCCACCCCAGGAGGACACACGGACACAGAGGCAGCGACUGCAGAAGCAUCUGGCUGAGCACCUGCACCAAAGCUGGAGUUCACUUGGGGUCCCUCCACAAGCCCAAGAUUUGGGAGAGCUAUUGCAGUCCUGGAGUACUGGCACUAGAGCUAGUGCCACCAAGGACUCUCACUUCACACAUUCAGAGAAGUUCCCCUUCCAUCUGGAACCUGAGGCCCAGACAGCUGAUAUGCUGUCCAGCUCCCUACAGCCUGAACAGGACAAUUGGGCAGCUCAGGAACAGGAGCUAGAGUCCCUUCGGAAGCAGCUGGAAGGAAUGAAUCACAGCAUUGAAGAAGUUGAAACUAACAUGAGGACACUAAGAAUCAGCCUUGUGCAGGUAGAGACUGAGUGUCAGCAGAGUGAACUCAGCACUGCAGAGCAGGAACAGGCCCUGCGCCUGAGGAGUCGGGCAGUGGAGCUGUUGCCUGAUGGAGUGGCCAACCUCAUUAAGCUACAGCUUGUGGUAGAGAGUAGUGCCCAGCGGGUCAUCCACCUGGCAGAUCAGUGGGAAAAGCACCGAGUCCCACUCCUUGCUGAAUACCGCUACCUGCGGAAGCUACAGAAUCACAGAGAGGUGGAAUCAUCCCGAAGGCUGGCUGAAAUCCAAGAACUACACCAGAGUGUUCGAGUAGCUGCUGAAGAAGCCCGUAGGAAGGAGGAAGUCUAUAAGCAGUUGAUGUCAGAGCUGGAGACUCUGCCCAGAGAUGUGUCCCGGCUGGCCUACACCCAGAGGAUCUUGGAGAUUGUGGGUAACAUCAGGAAGCAGAAGGAAGAGAUCACUAAGAUCCUGUCUGACACAAAGGAGCUUCAGAAGGAAAUCAACUCCCUUUCAGGGAAACUGGAUCGGACGUUUGCAGUGACUGAUGAGCUAGUGUUCAAGGAUGCCAAGAAGGAUGAUGCUGUUCGGAAGGCCUACAAGUAUUUAGCUGCCCUGCACGAGAACUGCAGCCAGCUUAUCCAGACCAUUGAGGACACUGGCACCAUCAUGCGAGAGGCUCGAGAUCUUGAAGAGCAGAUCGAGACAGAGAUGGGCAAGAAGACCCUCAGCAACCUGGAGAAGAUCUGUGAGGACUAUCGAGCCCUCCGUCAGGAGAAUGCUGGCCUCAUGGGAAGAAUCCUUGAGGCCUGA